AACUCUAAGGCUAGUCACACUGCUAGCCAAAUCAAGCGAAGAUUAUAUUAAUAUUUUCAAUAUUUGACUAGUUCAAUUUUGCGACAUGUGGUGGGAACUUCUGGCGCUGCUUCUCGCAGCUCUGUUCCUGUGGGACUACCUAUACAUGAGAAAGCCUUAUAAGAUGUUUGAAGCGGCUGGAGUACGUGGACCCCCUCAUGCACCGUUUUUGGGCAAUGCUCCUCUCUUUAUGAUUGGAGAAUCCGCUGAAACUAUGUUGGAUUUGACAAAACGUUUGAUCGACAAACAUGGUAAAAAUGUUCAAAUCACCAUGUUCCAAGAGUAUGGAUUUAUUACGGCCGAUCCAAAAAUGAUUGAGGCUAUUUUAAGCAAUCAACAGACGAUUACGAAAAAUAGUCUCUACAGUCUCCUACAAGGCUGGCUGGGCACUGGCCUGCUGUUGAGCACAGGAAAGAAAUGGUUCAGACGCCGCAAGAUCAUUACGCCCACAUUCCAUUUUAAGAUCCUCGAACAGUUUGUGGAGGUGUUCGAUCAACAGAGUGCCAUCAUGGCCGAGCAGCUGUACGAUCGUGCCGAUGGCAAGACUGUGAUCAACAUGUUUCCCGUCGCCUGUCUGGCUGCUCUGGAUAUUAUUGCCGAGACUUCGAUGGGCGUUAAGAUUAAUGCUCAGCGAUCCCCCGACUUUCCCUACGUCCAGUCCGUGAAGGUGGUGUCGAAUAUGAUGGCUGAACGUUUUAUGAAUCCACUGCAGCGAUUCGACUUUACAAUGCGUAUCUUCUUCCCUCUCCUGCAUCGCAAACUGCAGAAAAACAUCAAGUCUAUGCAUGAUUUCACCGACAAAGUCAUCGAAGAGCGUCGUGAUGCACUGCAGAAAUCCAUCAAUGAGAAAUCCCCCACAAAUGUGGAGGAGGACGACGUGGGCAGCAAGCGUCGUAUGGCCUUGCUAGAUGUGCUGCUGCAAGCAUCGGUGGAUGGCCAGCCCUUGAGCAAUACGGAUAUUCGGGAAGAGGUCGACACAUUUAUGUUUGAGGGUCACGACACCACAACCAGUGCCAUUUCCUACACCUUGUACCUGCUAGCCAGGCAUCCUGAAGAACAAGCACGCGCCUUUGCGGAAAUUCGUGAAGUUAUUGGCACCGACAAAACAAAGCCCAUCACAAUGCGGGAUCUGGGCGAACUGAAGUAUUUAGAGUGUGUGAUCAAGGAGUCGCUGCGUUUAUAUCCACCAGUGCCGAUGAUCGGUCGUCAUUUAUCAGACGAAUUUACACUUGAUGGCAAAACUUUUGCAGCUAAGACAAACGUGAUUCUACUGACUUAUCAUGCUCAGCGAGAUCCAGACUAUUUCCCAGAGCCAGAGAAAUUCAAUCCGGAACGAUACAAUCAAGAGAACAACAGCAACAUCGAUGUAUUCGCCUAUGCUCCCUUCUCAGCUGGUCCUCGCAACUGCAUUGGACAAAAGUUUGCAAUGCUCGAGAUGAAGAGCACAGUCAGCAAAAUGUUGAGACAUUUCGAGUUGUUGCCGCUGGGUGAGGAUGUGAAACCCAUUAUGAAUUUGAUCCUGCGUUCCACAACUGGCAUCAAUUUGGGUCUCAAGCCUCGAGUCUACUAAAAUCGGUGAAUAUAUUUAAGUCUGUGUAAAUAUCACUUCAAUCUGAUUCAACGUUCCACAACUAACAUAUGUGUGAAUCGUUAGAUUUGAGUUUAUUAAAAAUGCUGAACAUA